UUUCUAGAGCGCGCACUUUCAACUCUGUUUCAAUCCUUAGCUCGUAAAGUUGUAUAAACCUAAAUAAGUGGUGAUUUUUCUAAUCUUUCCCAAAAAGAAACAAGAUUUUUGUAAAAAUAAUGAGACGGAAAAAAACAUUAUGUUACUUUGUAUAUUUUUGAAUUCGCGUCGAUCAACAUCACCACCAUAAUUUAAUAAAGUGUGGUUAACCUUUUUUGAAAGAGAAUUAUUUGCGAAUGUUUAUUUUAGACGAGUUUUGGCGGUAGUUAUGAAUAUUCCAAGUGUGUGAUGGCAAUUCCAUAUAACAGUUAAUUAGUGAAGAUAUGAAAUUAAUGUAAACAUAAGUUCAAGAAGUUGAUUAAGUUUUAAAUAAAUAAUUUAUUUAAACUGUGAGAAAUUAAGUCAAAGCUAUACACCAACAAUACCUAAUGAGAGAUAUGAUUAAGUGGAAUUUUAUUCAACAGGAAAUUUCUCCUGAUACCAUCUCCGAACUCAGAGUAGAUGCAUCGUUUCGAAAACUCUCCCGUAAUGCAAUAUGCUUUCAUAUUUGGAAAAUAGAAGAAGAUCGUUUAGAAGUUGUUGCGAGAGAGAAUUUUGGCAGUUUCUACGAUGAUUGUUGUUACAUCAUAUAUGCAGCAUGUCCAGCUGGAACUUAUGUCAAUCAAGAUACAAUUUCAAGAGAAAUCAAAAAUGCUACAGGUCUUGAAAGAUUCAUUCAUUUUUGGCUCGGUGAAAAGGUUACUCAGCAAAAAAAAGCAAACGUCGCCCACAAGGUCAUGGAAUUGGAUACAUAUUUUGGGAAUGUAGCAACUGAAUAUAGAGAAUCUCAGGGUAAUGAGAGUGAGCGAUUUAUGUCGUAUUUUAGGCGAGGCAUCACAAUUUAUUCGGGAGCUUUGGUUUCUUCAACUGAUACCUGUCGGCUUUUCCAAAUCCGAGGUCGUCAAUUUCUAAGCUGUGUCGAAAUGGAUUCGAUUGACUGGCAUAAUUUUGGCAGUGAGUACAUCAUGAUUUUAAAUACUGGCAAGGAGACAUUCAUGUGGAUUGGCCGAUCGAGUAAUGUAGGCGAUCGACGUGAAGCUCUGGCAAUUGCAACAAGAUUCAAAAAUUCGACUUGUGCCAGUGAGUUAAUCAUUAUUGACGAUGGUUAUGAACAAUCGAUGAAAGACGAACACGCACAAAUAUGGAACACAUUAUUGCCGCGGAGCGAUCGGGUUGUCAACCAGGGUAAUCAAAUCGACAAGCCAUACAGUAGUUCGUUUAAGUUGUAUAAAUGCGGUUACAAGGGAACAAAGUAUUGGAUCGAUCAGAUAACCUCAACGCUUCCAAGUCAAAGUGAUCUCAAUGAUUCGAUGGCGGUUUAUAUUUUGAAUGGGUUCUCAUUGGGCGUUUGGAUGUGGAUCGGAAAGAACGUGCCCAAUGUCGAAAAUAUUGAAGCCAUCAGGAAUGGUAGGGGAUUUAUUAAAAAGAAAAAGUAUCCGUCCUCAACUCUGCUGAUUCGUGUCAUCGAAGGACACGAACCAAUCGAGUUUACCCAUCUCUUCCCAGGUUGGGUAGAUAGGGAAACUAAAACAACCCACAUUUUGGGGAAAUUCGACACUAUGAGUCUUUCACAACGACCUAAAAUGGCUGCAGAAAAUCAACUCGUUGACGAUGGUACUGGAGAGAAGCAUGUUUAUCAAGUUAUGGAAGAUUAUCUUAAAGAAAUCUUCACUCGCAAAUCAGCUGCAUUUUUCCAAACAGACAGCUGUUACAUUGUCCAAUAUACCGUUGCAUUUUGCGGAACUCAGAAUUUUGGCGUCAAUAAUAUUGUCUACAUGUGGAUUGGCAAAGAAGCAUCUCCGGAAGCAAUAUCAAAAUGUACUAAAUUCGGCAAGGAACGAUUUCAUAAACUCGGUGACAAGACCAUGGUAGUGAAGAUGAACGAAAGUGACGAAACCCCACAUUUUUUGCAAAUCUUUUCGGGGAAGUUUGUCAUUCUGAAAUCUAACAUUAGCAAUGGAAAUAUGAUAAACGGUAAUGGUAAUAUUAACAACAACAAUAGCAGCCAUCAAAACCUUUCGAAGCUGGAGUUCUUCAAAGUUCAAGGCGAUUCCACAUUCACUUCCAAAGCUUGGCAAAUUCAACCGCUAAAUGCUCUAACAGGAAAAGAUUGUUAUGUGAUAAGAUCCAGCUCGGAUAUGGUUUGGGUAUGGUGUGGACAAAGUUCAACGGGUGAUGCUCGAGAAGUUGCCAAAAAUAUCGGAUCGAUUUUUGCCGAUGAGUGUAAUCUCGUUAUGGAGGGUAAAGAGCCCAAGGAAUUAUGGGACUCAGUAUCGAAUCAAAUAAGGCAAACAGAAAAUUCAACAAGUUCCUCGUCAUUAUAUGAGCUGCCACAAGCAACAAUAGGCAUUCCAAUUGACAAGACUAAAGUUCACCUGCAUUUGGUGUACAAUUAUCGUGGCAAAUUGCUGACACAAGAAAUUUUGGGAUUCGGACAAUCCGAUUUGUUGCCAGAAAACACAUACAUCUUAGAUGCAGGGGCAAUUGCCUUUGUUUGGUGUGGUAAGCUGUCAUUACCAGAUGACGAAGAAGGCUUUGGGGCGAUAGCUCAAGAGUUUCUUGAAACGUCGACAACUCCUCGAAGGACAACAACAGCGAUAGCGUUGGUUAGGCAACACAAUGAACCGAAUAUAUUCACUGGAUUCUUUGAUUCUUGGGACAGAAAGUUUUUUGAUACCUAUGUACCAUUUGAAAAAAUGCGUCAUGAUAUCACUCGCAAUGGCUACAGUAACGGUUUCAAGAUUGUUGAGCAAUCAUUUAAGAACGAUAGUAAUUUCGAUCAGCACCCCAAGUAUCCUUUGUCAGUUUUACAACAAGAAGCUGUCACGUUACCCACAGAGGUUAAUCCUCUUAAACGAGAGGUUCAUUUAACACAUGACGAUUUUGUAAGCCUAUUUGGGAUGCCAUUUUUGGAGUUCGAAGUAUUACCAGCAUGGAAAAAACAAGAAUUAAAGAAGAAAUUUAAAUUAUUUUAAUUUAAGUUAAACAAAAUUAAGUGCAUACAUAAUUUUAAAUGAUUUUUGAAAAAUAUAAUGAAAUAUAUUUUGUAAAGAAUA